AUAGCCGUGACACUUUUUGUGUUUUUUACGCCCCUCCACGGAGGGCGAUUGUUUUAAAUGUUUUUAUUAGAUAAUGUACGUUUAUUCUACGAUUUUAAAUGGUAUUUUAAUUCACAACAAAUGUGAAAAAUGUUAUUUUCUUCCCUCAUAUAGAGUUUUAGUCAGCUUCCGAAGAAUUAUAAUGGUUUAAUUCAUUUGUUUACUAUGUAAGUUUCAAGUCUUCUCUAUAACCUGUCAUCAUGCCCGUCGACGAAGAAGGUACUGUAGAUCAUUCUGUAACCUUGACUGCAGUUACUGUUUUGGGGCUUGCAGGAGUAAUAGUAAUUUUCCUUGGAUGUAUGUGGUGUCGCAAUAAGUGGAAAAAACUUACCCAAAGGCAUUAUAGGUUAUCUGGAUCUGUUCAUGAAUCAUCUGUUCCACCAGUUCAAAAUCUAACUGAAUUUGCCAUUUUCCCACCUCCUGCAUGCAACCAGUUCACUCUGCCAACUGGUUUUUCCACUGAUGAAGUUGUUUUUGAGCCACUUCCAGAAAUCCGAAGCCGUGCUCUAGAAUCAGCAGCAGAAAAUAUUAGACCUGCUCGUUUCACAGGAUCAUACGGAAAAGUUUCAUUGCAGGACUGGUUUGAUGAACAUCAAGUAAAUUUCCCAAGGAAUCAGCUCAAGUAUUUUCGUGAAGCUGGCAUUGCUUGGUAUGGGCAAGCUGUUGAGGGUGAAGCAUAUAAUGUUCUUUUAUCUGAAGAAAAAACUAAGGUUGUGGUAAAAAUACUCAGAGUUGAUGCAACUGCUACUGAACAUAUGCAAUAUUUGCAAGAAACUAGACCAUUUAGAGAUUUAAACCAUCCUAAUAUAUUGCAUUUGCUUGGAAGAUGCCUUGAAGUUCAUCCUUUUCUUUUAGUUAUGGAGCACUGUGACAUGGACUUAAAGACAUACCUUAUUGAGCAACGUAAAUCACCUGAGACAUUACUGAAAAAUGGCUUGUUAUUACGCAUGGCAUGCAAUAUUGCAGCGGCUCUUCAGCAUAUGCAUGAACAUGGUUUUAUUCAUACAGAUAUUGCUGCUCACAGCUGUUUAAUAACAUCAGAUCUUGUGGUCAAAGUUGGAGAUUAUGGAACUGCAGUUCAUUUACAUAGAGAAGACUUUUAUUGCUUGGGUGAUGUAGCAUUUCCUAUUCGAUGGUGUGCUCCCGAAUCCUUAUUGUGUACAGAAAGUAUUAUUGAGGCAAAAGAUAUUACUAGAGAAGGAAACAUAUGGUCUUUUGGUGUUUUGCUCUGGGAACUUUUAGAAUUCAGCAAGCUACCAUAUUUUAGCUUGAGUGAUGAUGAAGUUAUUCGGAAAGUUCUGAUUGAAUGCAGUUUAAAGUUGGAACAGCCCAAGACACCCUGUGUACAUAAAGAUAUGAUAUACAAAAUAGUGCAGCUGUGCUGGCUGCCUUCAAAUCUACGACCAACCAUACAAAAAGUAUCUUCCCUUUUGAACUACUUGUAUGAUAACCGAGACGUCGUGUCCGAAAGCACUGUGUUCGAAUCCCGUUGGAAUAACAUGCAACCUGUUCUGAGAGAACACAACCUACAGAAUGUUCCACCAAAUGUUUCUUUAAGGUUUGAAAGUGACUUCAUGCCCAGAAAAGAACUAGAUUGUGACAGUACAGUGUCAUCUUCUGACUUAGAAACUGCUCGACACGGGGAUAAAUCUCCAUCAAGUGGCUCCUUUUCUAUGGGGUAUGAAGCAGGGCUAACUACUGAUAUAUCCCCUAGUCUUUUAAACUUGAGAGGUAGCAUGGAAGAUUUGAUAUCUUCUACAGGAAACAGCACUCCUGAGGGAGGACAGACUAGCAGCCUGAGUACGUCUGAGCAAUUAAGUUUGGAAACCAUUCCUGCUGAAAAUGAAAUUGCUGACCCUGAUGCCAUAGAGUGUUGUAUUAACAAAGCAAUCGAAGAUUUGGAUACAAUUUUAGCUGAUGAACUAACAUCUUCAGACACUUCAAAAUGCAAUACUCCUGAAAAAGUGCCUUCAGAAACGAGAGGGAAUUAUCUAGAAUCACUUAAAUUAAAUGGACUCAACCGUGAGAAAGAUGCCUCUGAUGGUCCUUACUUAGAACACCAUUCUGUUGAUAUUGAAAAUUUUGAAUCGGAAAUAUCAUCACGUGCAACAGAACUUUGUAGGAAGAAUCCAACAGCUGUGAGUCCUGUAUGUCUUGCAAUAGAAGCUGACAGUGAUUGAGUGUGUUAUAUUUAUCUUUUUUUCCCUCGUCCAUUAACAUGACUGAGUCACUGGCUUCGAUAAAUUGAAAAUGUAAUAUUAUGUGUAACUGUGUGAGCAAAUGUGGUGCACGUACCAAAAGUCGGAUUCUCAAUUUCCAACUGUUGAAUUCCCAUCCUUAGUCCUGAAUUGUACAUAUCAAUGUUUCUCACUGUAUUUUUAGAAGAAAUGUUUGCUUCCAGCUUUUUACUAUUUGUUGUUUGUAAGCAUUGACUUCAGAUUAGUUUCAGAUUUCCAAUUUAAAAUUUUAUAUACUAAUUUUCACUCAUAUAGACAUGACACUUUAAGAGAUAUAUUUGCUUGAAGCAGUAAAAUAGUAUACUGUUAGCUGAUAGCAGGGGUGCCCACCCCUUUCAAAUGCCCCCCCCCUCAAUUAGUCAGUACUGCUAUUUAAUGACCAAUAUGUAUAUAAAUGGCAUCAGUGUGAGUAUACAUUUUUGUCAAGAAAAUGUAUUAAAAAAAAUCAUUUGGAAGAGUAUCUCCAUUUUUCAAAUACGAUAAACAGUAAAAACGAAGUUUGAUAUUGAGAAUCUUCAUAACAAGAAAUACUAAAUUAAGUCUGACUGUCAGGAGAUGGCACUUGGCCAUGCUUUAUUUCAGAAGCAUCCAUUUUCAUGAAGGUGCAAUAUGCAGAAGAAAGUAAGGUUGCUGACUACAAAGCUUGUCACUUUUACUUUUUGGCCAACUUAAUGCAGUAAUUGCUGCAACUUAAAACAUUUUAAUUAUAAGGAACAACUUAAUGAAAAUAUAUUGGAGUACAUGUUUUUGUUAAAUUUAACUGAUUAUAAAAAUCUUAGCCAUUGAUCAUUUGUGACAUACACUAUCCUUCAUAACAAUAAUAAUAAACAUCAAUAAACUUCAAUUAGCAAUUGACAAAUUAAAUUUCGCUCAAGAUGUUUGCUGCAAUCUCAUUUGAAAUAAAUUAUAAUGCAAUAAAAUAAAUGUUGCUGAUGAUACAUUUUAAAUGCUUUGCUAAACUGUCAUCUUUUUUCUAAUAGUAUAUUUGUUAUCAGUGUGCUAUUUUUCUCUUCUAUCUUUGAUUGCUUUAAACUGUUUUGGGAAAAAGAAUAUGGCCAAAAUGUUGGAAAACUCUUAAAUGUAGCAAGCAUUCUUUCUUUUCCAUAUAUAAAAAAUAUUUUUUAUAAUCUAAUAUGACAGAAGUAAAAAUUAUUUCUUCUUUUGUACAAUUUUAAAAAAAAACACACACACACAUUUAUAUUGCCAAAAUGUCGCUAAACUUGUAAAUAUGACAUACAUCCUUCCUUCUUUCUCUACCCAUUUUGAGGAAUGGACUCAUUUCUGAAUUGAUAGGCAAGUGCCACAUUUCCACAGUCAGACUAUAUCUUGUCUGAUUUAGAGUGUUAUCAGUUUUUGAUGAGGGUGUUAGUUUUGUUAUUAUUAUUGUUUUUCUUUGAAAAUAUUAUAAAUGAGUAUUAUUUACAAUUUUUAUGAGGUCACUCAAGUGUUCUCAGUUAGGUUUCUGACAACUUAGCAUCAAAAAAGCCUCUUUGAUUCUAUUCAUCACAAGCCAUUUAUCAUAACAUUUCAACAACUUAUUAUUCAUUUGGCAUUUGCUGUUUGAUAGAACUGUUACUCAGUCAAAGCAUACUUUGUUUCAUAUUUAUUUUAUUUAGUCUAUUUGCAUCCAACCUCAUAUUUAUAAGAGUUUUAUUUCACUUUGGUAGGUAAACCAAUUGCUUUGGAAAUCCUGUCAAAAAUAGCUGAAUAUCCCCACCACAAUUGGAUUGAAAUGCAACUUAAUAGUUAGUUUAGUUUCUUGAUGUCUAAAACAUAAUUUAAAAUAUUUUUAUUUUGAAUUUUUACUUUAAAUUAGGCUGGGCACUAAUGGGUAAUCUACACUUCUCAUAUGCAUUUUAAAACAAAUGCUCUAACCCAAUGCUGUAGUUGUGGAAGGGGGGGGGGAGACAUUGAUUCCCGGGUUUCUCAUGCAAAAAUAAUACAAAUGUCAAGUUAAUUGGUUUCAAAUCAUCUUUUCUUUUGGUGAGUUUCCCCAAUAUUUUUUCCAACUUACUGCGCUACUCUAAUCUCAUAAAAACCAUAUAAUAAUGAAAGAAAUGAAGGAGAACCCUUGUAAAUUUCUUAAUUCAUAAGGGUGUUAUUAGUUGAAAUUGAUUUCUUUAACCUUCCAGUGCCAUACAAUUUAAUUUUUUACUGUGCUUACACUACCAACAUACAACAUUUGAUAUAAAUUCAAUAAUGAGUUAUAUAUAACAGGACCAGUGGUUGGAAGUAGCGCGCUACAAGUAGCGAGGCUACUGUAGUAGCUACAUUUUUUAGUAGUUUGUAGUGUAGCACACUACUCUUAAAAAAAGUAGAGUUACAAUAGUUCGCUACAAAAAAAAGUAGUUUGUAGUGAUUUCUAAAAACUACUUUUGAUUAAAGUU